ACGCACACAUAUAUACACACCCUCCACCCCCAUCGCUGCAGUGUCUCAACUGCCUUGGAGCAAACAAGAGAGGAUACAGAAACACAGGCGUUAAAAAGACACAGAAAGAGGACUGCUGAAAAACUCACAGUCAGAGAGAGACAUGUUCCUGUGAGUGUGACAUCCUGUGAAUAUGAAGACUAUCUAGAGAUGAAGCUGUGCGACUAAAGGUGGAUUGCACGGAGCCUAUCUACCCCUGCAAGGGCUUGUCUGCAGUAUCCUUUGUGGAUGCUGGCUCGUGAACACGGCCUUCAGUUGCCGGGGAGAUAUCUCACAAGAGAAGAAGCAGAAACGAUUUUAUCAGGAGGAUCAAGGAAAACAGGCCAAAUAUCGAACUGAGGUGGAUGGUUGCAGGAGCCAAACAAGGGCAACGCACCACAAGAGCCAUGUGGGAGGAGAGUGAAUGGGAUUUGUUAUUCGCAUGCAUCAAACCCGAGCACUUUCUUUGUUGACACAAACUGAACUUUUCUCAAUCUUCCACCAGUUUUUGUCCUCAGGGGGAGCCCCUGCUAUGAACCUCAGCUCCACUGGUUUCACAAGGCUGUGCAACCUCAGUGCCAGGCACUGUGUGGGCAUCCCACAAGUCUGGGUUCUGCCCACACAGAACUCACAGACUGCCCGGGAAAAAAAAGAAUGAAAUUCUCCUGAGUCACUCCUCCGUGUGGUGGCUCCGCUAUCCAGUGUCGAUCUCUCCUCCUGAAAACGUGCAGUCCCUCUCCAGCUUCAUCACUCACCGCUUCAUUAUUAUUUGCUUUCCCAUCCAGCAGCAGUACGAAUUCCUUUGUGCUCACCACGUGGUGGAGGACCAUGGGAUGCCGUCAGAGCUCGGAGGAGAAGGAAGCAGCACGGCGCUCUCGGCGAAUCGACCGCCAUCUGCGCUCAGAGAGUCAGCGGCAGCGGCGGGAGAUCAAGCUGUUGUUGCUGGGCACCAGCAACUCUGGCAAGAGCACCAUCGUCAAGCAGAUGAAAAUCAUCCAUAGUGGAGGCUUCAACUUGGAUGCCUGCAAGGAGUACAAGCCUCUCAUCCUGUACAAUGCCAUCGACUCUCUGACCCGCAUCAUCCGUGCCCUCACCACCCUUAAGAUUGACUUUCACAACCCUGACCGCGCCUACGAUGCCGUGCAGCUCUUCGCCCUCACAGGGCCGGCCGAGAGCAAAGGGGAGAUCACCCCAGAGCUGCAGGGGGUGAUGAAACGUCUGUGGGCGGACGCAGGGGUCCAGGAGUGCUUUCAGCGUUCCAAUGAGUACCACUUAGAGGACAAUACCGCCUACUACCUGAACGACCUGGACCGCAUCUCUGCACUUGAGUAUAUCCCCACCGUAGAGGACAUCCUGCGCUCUCGUGACAUGACGACAGGCAUUGUGGAGAACAAAUUCACCUUCAAGGAGCUCACCUUCAAAAUGGUGGACGUGGGUGGACAGCGUUCAGAGAGAAAGAAGUGGAUUCAUUGUUUCGAGGGCGUGACUGCAAUCAUUUUCUGUGUUGAGCUAAGUGGCUAUGACCUCAAACUGUAUGAGGACAACCAGACGAGCCGUAUGGCGGAGAGCCUGCGUCUGUUUGACUCCAUUUGCAACAACAACUGGUUCACCAACACGUCGCUCAUCCUCUUCCUUAACAAGAAGGACUUGCUGGCAGAGAAGAUUAAACGCAUUCCUCUGACAGUGUGCUUCCCUGAUUACAAAGGUCAGAACACCUACGAGGAGGCAGCUGUCUAUGUGCAACGGCAGUUUGAGGACCUCAACCGCAACAAGGAGACCAAGGAGAUCUACUCGCACUUCACAUGUGCCACUGACACCAGCAACAUCCAGUUUGUGUUCGACGCUGUCACGGACGUGAUCAUCCAGAACAAUCUCAAGUACAUUGGGUUGUGCUAGGACCUGACUCUGGGAUGGUGGUGGGGAAGGGUGGGCCAGGAUAAAGCAGGCAGCUUGACAGCAGUUGGCUGAAAAAAAAGGAAAAAAAAAAAAUAAGAUCUGCAACAGGCUGAAAAAACAAAGUCACUCUGCUUGGCGGUUUAUCGCUUGAAGAGGUGCAAGAGAAAAUUGGAGAGGAAAUGAAGAAGUAAGACAGUCAGGAACGAAGGAUACUGUAGAUUUAACAGUUCCAGAUGAAACAAAAGAGCUGAGAGGCCAUGGUCAAGAUGGGCUUUUUACCCUAUGUGUUUGCACUGAAUAUAUGCAGAGACACCCUAACAUAAACGCAUCCUUUUCGUUUGCUCACACAAUCUCUGGAUCCGUCUUUUAAACAAGGCGACACUGGAAGACAUCUACCCCUUCCUGCCAGUCAAGCUUGGUACUUUUAAUCAGACUUGUACUGGCAGCUUUUUUAAAUGUAUGGUUUAUUUUUUGUUGUUGUUGUUGUCUGGGUCAAUGUAAGAUGCUUUAAUUUUGACAAAAAGAAAAAAAAAAAGAAAUUCUAACCGUCUUAAUCUGGAUUAACAAUCAAACUACAGGAACCAGGGAGUUGACCUGAUGAAGAUCAAUGACAGCUUUAGUUUCUGGGGGGGGAAAAGUCAGUAGACCUGAUGAAAAACUGCCAUUGUUUAGAGUUGGAGUAAAAUAUGUUUUCUACACACCUUAUCCAUUCUUUCCUGCGCUCAACCAUCCAAUGUUGUUUGUUUCUCUUCUCUUUUUGCAUUUGGAACCGAAUAUUGUGUCUCUCAUGUCUGCUUUUUGUAGCAGGUCACUGACUUAUGAUACCAGGAGUAUGUAUCACUCGGCAGAGUUAAAAAAAAAAGUUAUUAUGAGCAUUCCAGUUUCCAGCAAGAGACGACAAAAACAGUGCCAAGAUUAGUUUGUAAAUAAAACCAGAUGUCAUCCAUUAAGUUCUUUUUCGGUUUCAGUUUUUAUGGAGAACAUGCAUGAUUUUGUUACUUUGGGAUACCAAUAUAUAUUUUCUUUUGGGGUUAUGUUUCUCUUUUCCUAAGUUUGAAGUAAUAUAUUCCCAAAAUAUAUAUAAAAGUCAAACACUGUGUACGAUUGUACAGUUGUCAGAGAGUAAUCUAUUGAAAAAGAGAUAUAUCUAUAUGAUUAUGACGGCGAUAAUGUUAUGAUGACGACACAGAUGUUGCUAAGUGCUGAUUACCGUAAGCGCAACUGAAAGUUAGCAGGAGUGGGGGUAAAAAAAAAAGGCGGAUCAAAGGAAAACUAGGACUUUGGAAGAAGAUGAAAUCCUGCAAAAUUCAAUCUUCCUUGCAUUAUCUAAGUGGAAAUUGUUCAACUGUCAGUCAGUAUGAUGUGUAAAUAUGCUGUAAGGUACACUCUUUGUUCAAACAAAUGAAAAUAAAGGUUGAGUUGGGGUUAAUGUUGGUGAGACAGAGGAAGAGCUAGAGGAGGAAGAUCCCUUUCCACUCCUCCUCUUCCCCUUUCUUUUCAGUUCAGAGAACUAUUCAGCCAAGGGCUUCAGGCUUGACUUUAAAGGAUGUCGACUUCAACUAAAGAAAAAAAAUCCCUUGAGAUAAGAAGUAUAAAAAGGAGAAUAACUAAGAAUAAAACAACUUAUGCAAAUUUUU